UGGUGUAACAAAAUAAUAUACGUGUGUUUCAGCCAUAAAAUAAAAACGUGAAGAUAAAGAAAAUAUCUUUAGCACAACAUCGAAAUUGGAAGAAGCAAAGCAAUUGCAUCAUACAAACGCAAACCAAACCCCCCAAUAAUCCAAUUCCAAUUUCCAUCGCUGCUUCUUCUUCUUCUUCUUCUUCUUCUUCAGAUAUCAAUCAAUCAAUCUCUGCUGCUACAUACAUACAGAGACAAAAUCAUCUAAUUGUCACGCUCUUCUCUCUCUCAACGCAACGCAUAAAACAAAAAGGAAAGAAACUAUACAACAUGUCUGAGGAACGAGAUGUUCAUCCCGAUUGCCGGAAUGCAAGUAACCCUUAUCACGAAUGUACUGAUUACUGCUUUAGAGUCAUCGCUGAAGCUAAACUCAGGAUGCAGCUACAUCAUCAAUCUGAAGUUGCACAAGCUAGUGGGGGUAGUCGUCGUGAGGAAGCCAUCCCAAAUGAAUUGUAUCCUGACGAGGGAACACAUGACGACGGACCGAGACCUGAAGAAAAUUCUGAUAGUGAGCCUGAUCAGCCUGAGCCUGCUCAAGAGAACAUGGAGGAUGGCUCCUUCCCGAAACUCUCUUCCAGACAGAAAAAGUGGAUGGAGUUGAGAGCCAAAAUGCAAGAAGCCAAAAAACGUAAUCAAAUUGAAAUAGCUAAUGAAAAAAAGAGGAUGGAACCUCCAACUGAGUCUAGGGGUGUUUCUAAACAAAAGUGGCUUGAAGAUAGGAAGAAAAAGAUUGGAAAGCUUCUCGAUGCAAAUGGAUUGGAUAUGACAAAGGCUUAUAUGCUUGACACACAAGAGGCUGCAGAAGAGAAAUACAAGAAAUGGGAUAAGGAUCCUGCUCCAUUCGGAUGGGAUGUUUUUAAUCAAAGGACAUUGUACAAUGCAUACAAAAAGCGGACCAAGAACAUUGAGGUUGACGUAGAAGAAUACAAUAGAAUGAAAGAAGCUGAUCCGGAAUUCUAUCGUGAUGCUUCAAGUCUCCAGUACGGAAAGGCGCCAAAAAUCUCAGAGGAUAAGAUUGACAAGAUGGUACAAGAGCUAAAGGAUAGGGAUGCGAAGCGCGGGUCAUUUAGCAGGAGAAGAAAAUUUAACGAUGAGAAAGAUGUUGACUCAAUCAAUGACCGUAACGAGCAUUUCAAUAAGAAGAUUGAACGUGCCUUUGGUAAAUACACAUUGGAGAUUAAAAAUAAUCUUGAGCGUGGAACUGCAUUGCCUGACUGAGGCACUUGCUUUUACAGUGGUGCGUUGUAUUCUCAUUGUUCUAAUGCUGGCAAGUUUAAAUGGUGGAUUGCAUUUUCUGAGGGUUUUUUUAUCAGAUGUAAUAUUAUAGAUUUUUGCUAUGCCCACAUAUGGAGCAUUGUGGAGUAUUUAUAACUUCUGGAGUUUAAAUGCUUGCUUCAGACAUGGGUUCUUCUUUUGUAGCACUCUUCUCGUUCAUUCUAUGUUUCAAUUCAUUCUAUGUUUCAAUGUGUA